GUGAAUCUGAUAGGUAUUUAGUGUUGAAAACAAACCAAUAUGUUUAUGUGCUUUAUGUGUUUGAUGAAAUAUUUUAAAACCUUCUACCUAUUGUUUUCUUCGUCGUGUAUUCCUACGAGACCUCUUGAAUUCCUUGACUGGUACACUGUUGGUCACUGGUGAAUCAUGAGAUGCAUCGUUCCUGGCUGUAGAACGGACUUCCACCAUCGAUCAAGGUAUUCCAGGCACAAGUUUCCGUUGGAUGUUACGCGACGUGCAGUAUGGUUCAAAGCCAUACUGGAUGCACACCCGGGAAACGAAGCCAAUUUAAUGUUGGCCAACACUGAACAGGCUCAGAUCUGCUCGCUACAUUUCACUUCAGAUUGUUUCACCAUGUCAGAAAAUCGUCGAAGACUAACGAUCGAGGCAACUCCGACAAUAUUCCAUUCCGUGCCAAAGAGGCCAUCGUCACCAACAUCCGGCAAUCAAUCGGCGUGUAAUUGGCCUUGCUGUCAGAAUCGACACACGGAGUCGCACGACAAAGGUAAUCAAACGGAGGACUCUGGGCCGCUUCCGGACCCUGUUCCAAUUCCGUUGAGAUAUCAAGAUUCGUGUCGUUUGUGUUUUAUGAAACGAGACCUAGAGCCGCUCUUCUCCGGAUUGAUGGUAGUGCGUGAAGAGAUGCUGCAGCGGAUCUACGCUUGCACAGGAAUUUUAAUCAUACCAAGACCAAAAAAAUCCAUGUUUAUCUGUGUCAAGUGUGGAGAAAUGAUCUCCGCGUUUUACUCGUUCAGACAGCAAACUCGCAGUAAUAAUCAGGCUCUGAUUCUGCGGAACGAACUUAAGUUAGCGAAUGCGAACGCCUUGCGUGAGAAAUCCUCACUCAAAAAACACAAAGAGCACAAAAAACGAAAGAUUGUCAAGCCUCCACCUCAUCCUGCAAAAAGGAAUGUCAAACAACUGGCACCCCAACCAACACAACGCAUUGAAUUGAUAGCCAAAAAUAUACUUACUAGUCCAGUCGUAACGUUAGAACCGAAUCCACUCGAGCUGCCGGAAGAAAUCAAAGAAGAACCGAUGGAUUCAUUGGAGUUGAUAGACAAAACUGAAUCUUGCCACUUUUCAGAAACACUGAAGCUUGAAGUGUCAGUGGAUAAGGUAGAAUAUCAACCUGAAUGGGACAUUAGAAAAGAUCCACCGGAAGCUGAUGACGGCAAGGACAGUUGGAACUGCUGGCAUUGUCAUCAAAUGUACCGGUUUAAAUUUGAAUGUGCCAAACAUCUCUUACAGGAACACAGGGAGGAAGUCGGAACAAUUCGAAGACAAUUGCAGCUUGAUAAACUAAAUUACAACAUGCUGGAAAUUAUGAGUGAGCGUCUGUCGAAAGUAUCAACUCAAUAAAGAUUGCGAAACACACCAACA